CACUUCCUAAAACCAAUGUAGACAAGGUUAUCUGUGACACAUUACAAAAUGUUACAAAUUUUUGCGAAGGAAUGUUGGAUAAGUGUAUGACACCUCCGGACAAAAAACAACUGUUCAAUGUUCAAUUGGAGAAUUUGAAUCAGUUCAUUCAGGAUCUGUUUAAUGUGACAAGUGGAUUAAGUGUAGCUACCUGUAAUAUAAGGAAGGGAGGGGUUACUCCUGGACCAUCAAUAGAUCAAACUAUUGAUACCGUAUCCGAGCAUCUACAGAACGUGAAAACAUCCACAAGGGAAAUAGUGAAAGCUUUGUCUGGUGUAUCCUCGGGACCUAAACAGAGGAAAAUACAAGUUCAUUCCGCAGGAUUUUCUCUGCAUUUACUUCCUGAAAACAGAUUUACCCUGUUCAUUAUCCUUCUUCUAGUUCUUAUAAGAUAAUUUUCUAAUCUAAAAUUGUUCAAUUAUUAUCGAACAAUUGUUAAACCUUUGUUUUGAUACACCGGGUCACCCACGACCCACAUGAGAUGUUAAAAACGAAGUUGGACCAAUUUCAUUUCGUCACAUUUCUCACAUUCUAUGUUAUUUACUUUGCCAAAUCUAAAAUUAUGCAAUAUGCAUCGAUGGUAAAAGUCCAAAAAGUCUAAUUUAAUUCUUUAAUUUGUUAUAUUGAAAGAGGUUCAGGUAUACAUUCAUUUAUUCCUCUUUAACUUUAUACUUCGUCAAGUUUUUUUUUUAAUUUGCCAGUAUUUUUAUUUGCAGUUUAAAAUUUUUUAAUUUUAUUUUUAAUCUUUGAUUUACGUCGUUGUACAGAUUAUUUUUUUUUACUAUAAAUAAUACAAUUUCUCUUCAAUGCAAUGGUUUAAGAAAACCCAUGUUUAAGAAAAAUUAAUUGAAAUUUAAAUUUCUAUAUCUUAAGUUUUAAAAAUGCUGCGCAAAUACAGUUGAAGGUUGGAAAUUUGAUACUUACUGCUGAUUGUAAUGAUACUGUUUCAAUUAUAAUUUUGCCAGAAUUUAACAGAUUUUAAAAAUAGACAAUUUUUAUGAUUAAAGGGAUUGUAAGCGUAAUUUCAAGUGCAAAGAUGACAAUUGCUGGUUAACAACGGUACAAUGGUGUAUUUUUCGACCUACGCAAAUCUGCUAUACUCCACUUC